UUUUUUUAGCGCUGGGAAUUUAUUUUUUCUCUUUAUUUUAGGUGACGCAUUAUCGGGAUCAGCGAUAUGUGGUCACCCCCCGUUUUGCAAACGCCCCCAAUAAUUAGGACUUUCGGCCAGGUGUGACUCAAAUGGUUCAGCCUCUUGCCGUCAGCGCUCUGUUUAGGCAGGUCGAUGCGCCUCUAUAGCAGUGAUAAAAAUUUUUAUAAAGGGGUGCCAGCUCCGAAUACCUCCGAAACAAGAAACGUAAUCCAAAGCAAACAUUCCUUGCGAGCUCAAAAAAUUACAAUUCUUCCUCCGCCUUUAUUGGCAGGCCCGCUCGCUCACCCGUUUCCACAUCUCUCAUCUCUGCUUCUGAUUGUUUUCCAUCUUUUUUGUGUACUAUAUUACAUACCUUAAAAAACCCACACAUACAUAAUAGCCCAUUCAGCCAUGGCAUCCACCUCUUCCGCAUUCCACAAGGCCGGCGAUGACCUCCGCAUCGCUGGUUACGACCCUCUUAUCCCUCCCAACAUUCUGCAGAUGGAGCACCCUCUGAGCGCGCGGUCCGAGGACGUGAUCGCCAGCGGCCGUAAGCAGGCCUCAGACAUUCUGCGCCGCAAGGACGACCGGCUGAUUGUUGUUGUCGGCCCCUGCUCCAUCCAUGAUCCCGAGGCUGCUCUGGACUACUGCAAGAAUCUGAUUGUCCUGGCCGACGAGCUGAAGGACGACCUGUGCAUCAUCAUGCGCGUGUACUUUGAGAAGCCCCGCACGACCGUCGGAUGGAAGGGUCUGAUUAACGACCCCGACCUCAACGAUACUUUCCAGAUUAACAAGGGCCUGCACGUCGCGCGCGAUCUUCUGUGCAAGAUCACCGACUUGGGCAUGCCCGCCGGCUGCGAGCUCCUGGACACCAUCUCACCGCAAUUCUUGGGCGAUCUGUUCUCGUGGGGCGCCAUUGGUGCGCGCACCACUGAGUCGCAACUCCACCGCGAGCUGGCUUCCGGCGUGUCGUUCCCUGUGGGUUUCAAGAACGGUACCGAUGGCAAUGCCACCAUUGCGGUCGACGCUAUCCGCUCGGCCAGCCACCCCCACCAUUUCUUGGGUGUCACCAAGAGCGGUCUGGCUGCCAUCACCGUUACCCGCGGAAACCCCAUGUGCCAUAUCAUUCUUCGUGGCGGCAACAGCGGACCCAACUACGAGUCCCAGUGGGUUUCCAAGAUCUCCGAGCAGAUCAAGAAGGCCAAGGUCGUCGACAACAUCAUGAUUGACUGCAGCCACGGCAACUCGAGCAAGGACCACCGUAACCAGCCCAAGGUCUCCAGCGACAUCUCCAAGCAGGUUGCUGCUGGCAACCAGUCCAUUAUCGGUGUCAUGAUCGAGAGCAACAUCAACGAGGGCCGCCAGGAUAUCCCCUUGGAGGAGAACGGUGGCUCCAAGGCCCUCAAGUACGGCCAGAGCAUCACCGAUGCUUGCGUCAACUGGGAGCAGACCAUCCCGAUGCUCCAGGAGCUUGCCCAGGCUGUGCGCGACAGACGCAGCGCUGCUGCCUCGAACUAGAUUUCUCCCCUUUUUUGUUUGUGAAAGUGCAUCGACUGAUUUGCGUGAUCUUAAUUUUGUACUGACCUUAAUUUUGUACUGUCAUGUGAAAAUACCAGUUUCUGUAUCAAACAGGUAUGAUAGCGACAAUCCAAACAUUUUUAUGCUUAUUCAAAACCCAUUUUCGAUUUAUUUGUUAUGCAAGUAAGAAAUAGUAUUGAAUUGGAUUCAAGUCAUAAUAUUACAUUUUAAAAGCUGUAAGCAUAUAGACAACAGUGGAUAUAUGGAAUGGGGGAAUGUUGGAUAUUUGGGAACGAUCGCCGGCCAGCAAUUCGCAGAGCGGUGGCGAGUGGCAAAAACCUCAACAAUUGUUGGUGUUUCAAAAGAGAAAAGUCGACGGUGGAAAAUUUAAAACAAUGAAUUUUUCCCUUG